GGCAAUCUGGGUGACUAUGUGUGGAACCAGCGGUCGCUGGAUGAUGUCAUCACGCAGCUGAUGGAGCAGAACCAGAGCGCCCAUGCACCGCCGCCGGCUAGCGAGGACGCGAUCAAGGAACUGAGGCUGCGGGCGGUGACGGGCGAGGAGGCUGGGCGCAAGGAGGACUGCAGUAUCUGCCAGGACGAGUACAAGCAGGGAGAGGAGGUCGUUGAGUUGCCGUGCAAGCAUCUGUUUCAUGACGAAUGCAUUAAACACUGGCUGAAUGUCAACGGGACCUGCCCCAUUUGCCGUGCUGGGAUU